AUGGCCGCUGCCAUCCCAGACCAGCCUGUAGCAGCACCUGAACCCACGCCUGCAGCAGAUCCCGAAUUCACUACAGAGCAAUUACAAACCCGUUCUAGAGACUUCAUCGCACGGGAGAAGUUCAACCGCCGGUUUACACUACCAGCGACCGACGACCAUGGCGAACUCACCGUGACCUACGCCGUCGCCGGCGAGGAUUGCGACACGGCGCCGACGAUAUUGUUCAUCGGCGGCUUGUACGGUGGAAGGUACUUGGCCACGAUGGCAGACUAUAUCAGCGAGAAGAAGGGUGUGAGAUUUGUUGUCGCGGAUCGCCCUGGAAUGGGUGGAUCAACGCCCGUAAUUCCGUCACAACGACUGGCAGUCUGGCUCGAAACCGUGCCCGCACUGAUGCGCAUUCUCGGCGCUCGGCACGUCGCGAUUGGCGCACAUAGCUGCGGCGUUAUCUACGCGCUUAACACGGUCUACUUGAUGCCGCAGAUCUUAUCUCCGACCGAUCCUAGGCUCUACCUUCUGACGCCGUGGGUGAGCCCCAAAUUUAGUGGUAUCAGUUACUUAUCGCUCUCAUCAUAUAUGCCUUCCAAGGUUAUUGGCGGUUUCGACGGCCUUGUUCGCUUCAUAGCGUCUAACGUCGUGCCAACCGUUCAAUUCUCAAGCGGUCUUUUUUCUGGGCCAUCCGCAGCCUCUAGCGCGAAAAAUGACUUAUGCCGUGAGUUCCGCGGCGUGUCAGCCGCUGAGGCCAAGGCACAGUCCGAGGUAAUCAAGAAAUCCCUUUUCAGCCAGGACACAAGCGGUGCAAACGACGAGUGUCUACUAUUGCUGAAGAAAAAGGAGGCUGGACCCUGGGAAGCCUGUGAAAGCUACGAAGAGUAUCCAGCGAAACUGGAGGCAAAGUUGAGAGAAUAUUUCGCCAGCAAGCCACUCAGCACGCAACAAUCAUCGGACUCUAGUACUCCCGCCACGCCUCCGUCGCAGCGACGUCUCGCUGUCAAGGUAUUUUGGGCCGAGUCAGAUCUGUUGAUCGGGAGGAAAGGAGCUGCUUAUUUCGACACGUGUUUUAAGAAGUUUACCUCGGAAGAGCUUGGGAGCGGCGCUGAUAGUACCGUCCUGCUAUAUGAUAGCGAGGUGCUUCCUGAGACCGACCAUGAUACUGCCUUGCUACCAGAAUAUGGAGCUUUGCCACAAAUGAUAGAAGACAUCAUUGGCGCAAAAUAA